ACGGUCACCUGACUAAAACUCGUCACAUGAUCACGGUGCUCGAAGGAGGAUCGUUUUUUGUCAAGGUUGCGAGUGCGUUAAGGUAAACAGAUUCUGAACAGUAAGCAAUUAGAUGCAGGAAGGACAAUCAGAAAACAUGGACAGCAGAGAAGUGCCUCAAGUUCAGAUAAAGGACACAGAAAGCCUCCUGCCCUGUGAUGAAAAUGAAAAAGUACCGCUCAUGGGCACAAAAAUGAAAGGCCGGAAUGGUAGCCUGUAUUUCAUAGUAGGAUUGGUUUUACUGGCACCUCUUGUUACAGGCUUCUCCAUCGGCUAUUCAUCUCCUGCUCUCCCAAAGAUAGCAUUUCCUACGAAAGAGGAAGAAUCAUGGUUCGGGUCGUUGCUGAAUAUUGGCGCCAUGGUAGGUGGUCCUGUAGCAGGCUUUCUGCUCCAGUGCGGAGGUAGAAAGCUUACCAUCAUGUCAACUGGUAUCCCAUUUAUUAUUGGAUGGGUGCUCAUAGGCACAGCUAGCAACGAACAUGUCAUUAAUCUCUACUGCGGAAGGAUUCUCACUGGUGUAGGAUGCGGCAUGUCAUGUUUGGCUGUACCUAACUAUAUUUCAGAGGUUGCCCCUCCCAAUCUCCGUGGUUUCCUGGGAUCUAGCUUCCAAGUUGCUGUGACUGUCGGAAUUCUUGUUGUCUAUUGUCUAGGUAUUCCCUUCACCUAUUUCUGGCUGGCUUUGACCGGUGCAUCAUUGACCGCCCUCCUCGUCGUUGCCAUAGUAAUGGUCCCAGAAACCGCUAGGUACCUGCUCAUGAAGCGUUUGAAGGUGCAGGCAAUGGCUGUAUUGAGGAGGUUGCGUGGUCCCAUGGCCGACAUAGAAUUGGAAUGUCGAGAGAUAGAAGACGCUCUUGACUCGUCUGAUGAUACGUUCCGAUGGUCAGAGUUCUCUCGUCCAUACCUCUACAAGCCUCUUCUGAUAUCCCUGGUACUGAUGUUUGUCCAGCAGUUCAGCGGCAUCAACGCAGUCAUGUUCUACACCGUCAGCAUCUUUCAGAGUGCAGCGCCCUCUAUCAAUGCCAAUGUGGCCACAGUGAUAGUAGGUGCCGUACAGGUGGUCUUCACGUGUGUUGCAGCUCUUCUCAUGGAUAAAUUGGGGCGCAAAACGCUCUUGAUAUUAGGAGCUGUUGGUCUGGCAGUCAGCUCAACUGUAUUUGGAUUGUAUUAUCAAAUCACUGGCGAUGAUGUUGAAAAGCAGCACAAACUGAGCGCUGUCUCACUUUGCAGUAUCAUCGUCUACAUCAUCUCAUUCUCGUUGGCAUGGGGACCGAUUCCCUGGCUGAUCAUGUCGGAAAUCUUCCCUUCCAAGGCAAGAGGAGCUGCCAGCGGUAUCGCAACUGCCUUUAACUGGGGUUGUGCCUUUAUUGUCACAAAGGAAUUUUCCCAUAUGCAGGUGUCAUUGACCCAGCAAGGAAUCUUCUGGUUUUAUGGUGGAAUCUGCUUCCUCGGAGCAGUCUUUGUCUUCUUCUUUGUACCAGAAACCAAAGGGCGUUCGUUGGAAGAGAUCGAAGCUAGCUUUGCGGGCAACGACCGUAGAAGGAGAUAAAUUACUUAAGUGACACAACUCCAAUAUAUUGCCAUGAAUGCAUUUGCCUUUUGAUAUUUUACUUAUUCUUGAUCAAGUAAUAGGGAAUGAGUUAAAUUACUACAAAGGGCGCUCGUUGGAAGAGAUCGAAGCUAGCUUUGCGGGCAACGACCGUAGAAGGAGAUAAAUUACUUAAGUGACACAACUCCAAUAUAUUGCCAUGAAUGCAUUUGCCUUUUGAUAUUUUACUAAUUCUUAAUCAAGCAAUAGGGAAUGAGUUAAAUUACUAGUCCCCAAUUGUAGUACUGAAUGAUUAUCAUUUAUACCAUGUAUUUCCUAAGCACUUUUCUUUAGAGUGCAUUAUUACUCACUAUGAUUAGUAAGUGUACUUUUUUUAGGGUUGCUAUUUGUAAUAAUAGAGCAUUCCUUAAUGUUCGCUGGUGGGUGUAUGGUCAAAAAUAUUACUGAAAAAUUAGCAAAAUAAGUUGGCAUGAUUUUUCAGCUUUUAACUUGUCGCCUUUGAAAAGAGGGUGAACCAUCCAUGUACAAAGCCUAUGGAAAUCACAUAUCACUUUUCCUUUAGUAUAUCUAAAUCUGGUAGCUUGCACUAUGGUUCUUCAUGUAUUUCAGGUAGUGUUUCUGUACAAUAAUAUCACAUUGUUAAAAUAUGCGCUACAUCAUAUGCUAACUUGAUCUCAGUUUGGCCCUUAUAGGUUUCAAAAGAGCCAAUUUAAAUUUAUUUCAAGUUCAAAAUAGCUCUAAAUAGCUCAAAAUAAAAACCAUUCCUUUUCCUCGAGUGUGUCUACCUCCAGUAGCUUGCACAACUUCAUUUAUUUCAAGUAGUAUUUCUGUACAACAAAUGUGUGCUACAUCAUAGAGUAAACUGGUGUCAGUUUGGCCCUUGUAGAUUUCAAAAGAGCCAACAUAAAUUGAUAUCAAGUUCAAAAUAUCUCAAAAUCGCUCAAAAUAGAAACAAUUCCUUUUCCCUGUUUAUGUCUACCUCCCGUAGCUUGCACAACUUUAUUUACCGUAUUUCAAGCAGUAUUUCUAUACAAUAAGAUCACAUCGUAAAAAUGUGUAAUGCAUUAUCAGGUAAACUGGUCUCAGUUUCAUAAAGACUUGUUAUAAUAACAAAUGCCUAAUUACUUUAACAAGUUUACUAUCAGCCAGUCAUAUUGAUAGAUUUCAGUAGAUUGAAACUCUCAAAUAUAUGUUAUUAUAACAAGUUUUAUUAAUCUGGCCACUUGUUUUAUUUUCCAUGUGGCCACAAUUCAGAAUCGAAUAGGGUACUUUAGAUCUGACUGAUAGCCCAUUGUUGUGACGAAAUGCAGGGUUUUAUCCAUUUGUAUAAUUUGAUUUCGUACAUGGCUGAUUAGCAAUUUGUGGGAUGAUAUGAUAUAUCAUCAACCACUUUUGAACUGUUGAUUUUGUUGCAAAUGAUGACUUUGGGGGAAGUCCAUAAUAGUUCACAAGGUAUAACCAUGAUAUAAAUUCAAGUGUGUAGUAUGUUAUACUGUACUUUGAUAAGGUCCAUAUGUAACUUUGUAUCCAUUAUUAUCACAAGCCAUUCAAAGCUGAUUCAUAUACAAAGUUUUUAAAGUGUACAUUGUUGACUUUGUGUAGACUUACAAAUUAAUUCGAGAGUAAGCUUCAUUGUCUUGAGAUGAUUCUUCCUGCAUAUUAAAAAGUGCCUAAAAGUCACAACAUUUAUUUGAUUAUUAUAUAAUAUCGUGAUGAUAAAUCAUUUGCUACAUGUCCCUCUGCUUGCAAGUGGCAGGACACAUGAGAAAACACUUGUUAUAUAGAGAAACUUGUAUGUAUUGUAAAGACCACCGAAAUGAGACAAGAAAAGUGGUCUUUAUGAGCAGGUGGUCUUCUGGGAUAGACAUGUUCUUUUAAUGUAUGUUUCAAUAGGGACUUCUAAUUAAAGGAAACUAUAUUUGUAGUCUUUAUAGACAGGUGACCCAUCUAUACCGGUGGACACUAAAGGUCUAACUGUAAAUAGAAAGAAAUGAAAAUAAUUGUAUUUAAGGAGGUUGUGCAGGAUAUAUUAAUUUUAUAGUUCAGAAAGAUGUAUUUCCAAGCUGUGCUUGCAUAAUAUAUAUGUUAUAGUUUUGAUAUUUGUACUUUUAUAUGAUAUAUUGAUGGCACUUUAUUGUCAAAUUUCAAAAUUAAUCAGGUGUAUUAAUCUACUUACAACAUUGAGAGACAUUUAAGAUCAUAUGAAAGUUUUUAACCUUGUUCAAAGUUACAUUAGAAAGCACAACAAGCAGUGAGACUACCACAGGCAUUUCACUUGUCAAAUUGAAAAUAGUCAAAUUGACUGGUUGCCAAAUAAAAAGAAGACCCCCCCUCUUGUUGAUAUUUAUUUGGAAAAUAGUGAUUUAACAUGGUUAUUUUCAUUUGUAUUUCUUUUUGUAAUGAUAAAUUGUUUUGAAAUGGGUAACCACAAAGAGAUCUUGUCAUAUAACUAUCAUGAAUAAUGUGUCGUCAAGAGAGAAUAAUCAUUGGUUGUUGCUCACCAUGGGUAAACUGAUGAAAUGUGUAAUGAAACAUCCACCAAGGGAUAAAACCAAGUACUAGUAAUUACCAUGAUAGCACUAAAGUAUCAUUUUGUGAUGUUUCAUUUUCUAAACUAUCAUUAAAAGCAUGUGGUUUCAGGCAGUGGUGGUUCCAGCUAAAGGGGGGAGGCUGGGGUUGGGUAGUGAUAAUUUGAUAUUUUGUCUUUUUAAGAGAAAAUAACUGAUCAUGACAAUGACAAUCAGUUGUAAGUCUUUGAUAACCUUUCUUUUUUUUGCAUGUCAAUAUCUUCUUGGCCAACAAUGAGGUAAUAUCUUGCCAAUGAGAAUUGUUUUAUUUUUCUGACCCAUCCCCAUUAUAUAAUCCUGGAGCCACCACUGGGUUCUGGGAUUAUUACUAAAGUUAUAUUUUUUGUUGAUUUGGUUUUACAUCUAGCCCUUUUUUCUCAGAAAAAGUAAUCAUUGACUCAUAGCAAUGAAUCAAUUGGGCUCCCAUUUUCCAAUUUCAAUGUAGCGAUUUAGGAUGAAUAAGGUGUAAUUGGGAAUUAUAUGUAUAUAUGUAUAUCUAUAUUUUUAUAUCUAUAAAUCUGUUUUUGUCUGCUACAUAUUAUACAGCUUUAAUUGUCAUGAUUUCAUUAUGAAGGUAUGCUCAACAUUUCAAAAGCAACCUCAAGUAACUGCCCAUUUAAAUUAUUUGAGCCAUAGAAAUUUGUUAAACUUUGGAGAAAUUGGACUGAGAAGA